UUCUCGUUGUUUGUUUACAACUAGUCGGCUUGCGUCGUUAGCCUGUUAGCUUCUAAAUUCUGACUCGUACUUUGGGCGUUUAAAAUUGAAAGCUACCAUGGGAUGUGACGGCGGAACCAUUCCUAAGAGACACGAGUUGGUGAAAGGACCAAAGAAAGCCGUAAAGGUUGACAAGAAUGCGGAGUUGGCCGCAAAAUGGAAAUAUUGUGCCCUGAGCCAGGAGAAACUCAGACGACCCAUAGUGUCCUGCGAGCUAGGAAGGCUCUACAACAAAGAUGCCAUCAUUGAAUAUCUUCUGGACAAGACUGCUGAGAGACCAAAUUCUGAGGCUGUUACACACAUCCGUGGAAUCAAGGAUAUUAAGGAGCUGAAUUUAACCGAUAACCCGGAGUGGCAGGGAGAGCGAAGUAAUACAAAAGGUGACAGAUAUGAGGAUAUGCACUGCGGCAUGUUCAUAUGCCCAGUCGUUGGACUGGAGAUGAAUGGAAAACACAGGUUCUGUUACCUUCAGACAUGUGGCUGUGUGUUCUCCGACAGAGCACUGAAGGAAGUCAAAACAGAAAUCUGUCACAAGUGUGGCGACCCCUUUUCACAAGACAAUCUUGUUGUGCUAAACGGUACCAAGGAGGAGGUGGAGAAACUGAGGGUGAAGAUGGAGGAGAGGCGCGUCAAAGCCAAAACCAAAAAAUCCAAGAAGACCAGAACUGUUGAGGCCGUGUCGACGGAGACCGAAUCAAAAGAAGCUGCAUUGGAAGCAAACGGAGAUGGAUCCGUGCCAAAUGGCAGUGAAAGCAGCAUGACAGCUGUGGCAGGGCCCUCGGGAUCAUCCAGCUCUUCCAAGCUCAAGCCUCCAUCGUCGUCAGCAGCGUCUUCAGCAGCUGCAGCCUCUGCCGUCAAAAGGUCGAUCCAGGAAAUGGAGGGAAAGUCUGAGGCUUUUAAAUCCCUAUUCACCACCCACAGCUCCGCCAAGCGCACCAAAGAUCAGACCUCCAACUGGGUCACCCACACCCCUUACCACUUUUGAGGAACCUGAGCAGUCUCCCCUGCGGUUGUCGUCAUGAACACACCUGUCUCUCGCGCCCACAAAGUGUUUUCUUGUUAAUAGCUCCCUCAGCUGUCCACACUCGCGUCGGUUUGCUAAUUCCUCCCUGGUGUAUUUCCCGCUGCAGCACAGAGAGUUGUUGCUGUUCAUCUUGCCCCACAAUGUUGCUUUCUUUAUUUUAGUUUAAGCUGUGGAAAUAGUUUUUAAAUAAACCAUGUCAUGGUGUGAUUUUUGAAAUACAGAGAUGUUGAGAGGAAUAAAUCAGCUUCUUCAUG